GACCCCCCCCCCCCCCCCCCCGCGACGCCCCUUAGCAUGCGCCACUUGCACACAACCUGCGCCUCCGCCUGCUCGGCCUCGGACAGCCCGCGCCAGGUGCUCCGCGACGAGACGUUAGAAGGGGCCAGCCCGGCGGGGGCCAACAAGUGCGCGGGGCCCCAGUCGGGGCAGCGCGUGCGGCGGCCGCUCAACGCCUUCAUCAUCUGGACCAAGGAGGAGCGACGGCGGCUGGCCCAGUUGAAUCCGGAUUUGGAGAACACCGACCUCAGCAAGAUUCUCGGCAAGACGUGGAAGUCAAUGUCACUGUCGGAGAAGCGCCCCUACAUGCAGGAGGCGGAACGUCUGCGCGUGCAGCACACCAUCGACUACCCCGACUACAAGUACCGCCCCCGCCGCAGGAAGCAGCUGAAGAAGAGCCCCAAGACGCCCGUCGCCGAGGCCCCGCCGCCGCUGCGCCCCCCCGCCGCCUUGAACUUGACCUACGACCUGGCCCGCCUGCUCCACAACCAACAGCAUCAACUCCACGCCUCCCUCCCGACCGUUCAUCCCGCGCGGGGCUACCCGACGAGUCCUUUUUUUCAGGAGCCCUUGCAGGAUUCCUACCCGAGUGACCCUCACCUGCAUUUCGCGGGCCAGCAGCGGCACGGAGAGCAGGCCGAGUCCAGGUUCUUGGCGGGGCCCUCCCUGGACGUCUACCUGGAGCGGGUGCAUCUGGACACGCUGUAUGAUCUGGACAGCAGCGAGUUCGAACAGUACCUGGGCCCGCAGGGUCCAGUCAGGCCCGACGCGGCCGAUCCCGGCUGCUACCGUAGACAACAACGCUCGCUGUCCUGAACAAAAAUACAACAUGUC